AUUAUUGAUGCGGCGACUAUCCGCGAAGGUACACCACUGCGGUGCAAAAGUACCGCCAGGAUCCCCAUUCAAAUUUCACGCUUGUUUCGAUCCUAGCCCAUGACAAUUCCCACCCGUAGCCGUAGCCGUAGCCGUAGGGGUAGCCGUCUUUCCUAUCGCAGGUGAGCUGGGCCUGCCAGACGGAGAGACCGUUGCCUGCGUGCGCUCUCAUCCCCUAUAAAAGAAGCAAACCCCUCGAAACCGAGCGCCAGCGAGCCAUGGCGGAAUUUGGGAAGGACUUUUGCUAGGGUUUCCAAGCUCUUUCGAGCGAUCUAUUUCGUAUAGCAGACGGGGAGAGAGAGAGAGAGAGGGGGGAGGAGUGGUGAUGGGAAAAAAAUCGGGAAAGAGGGAUUACGAAGGGUGAGAUCGAAGGGAGACUUCCUUUAGCGUCGGUGGCGGUGGUGGUUGGAAAUAGAUUUAUUGUUCUUUAGGGUUUUCUCUUAUAAAUAAUAAUAAAGAAGACUUUUUUUUUUAAUUAUAUAUAAAAGAAACAAGGGAGGCGGAGAGAGAGAGAGCGUUCAGAGAGACGCUGGAAACAGGGGAUAGAAGAAGGGUCUGGACUGCGGAGGCGGAGAAGAAGAGAUGGCGGCGAGGAGGAAGAAGGGGGUGUUCAAUAUGCCGGUGAUGAUGUGCGGACGGGAAGCGGAGACGGAGCUGUCGAGGGACGGGAGCCAUUACAGCUUAUCAAGCGGGAUACUCCCCUCCCUUGGGGCCAUGAGCAACCGGAGGGUCAAGCUCCGCAGGUUCAUCGUAUCCCCUUACGAGCGGAGAUACAGAUAUUGGGAAACAUUUCUGAUCAUUCUGGUCAUAUAUUCUGCCUGGGUAUCUCCGUUUGAAUUCGGGUUCCUAGUGAAGGAAAACGGGGCUCUAGCUAUGAUUGAUAAUAUUGUUAAUGGGUUCUUUGCAAUCGAUAUUAUUUUGACCUUCUUUGUAGCCUUCAUCGAUAGAGCAACAUAUCUUCUCAUAGAUGAUCCCAAGCAGAUUGCUUGGAAGUACAUGACCAGCUGGUUUGUUCUGGAUGUUGUUUCCACCAUCCCCACAGAACUUGCUCGGAAGAUUCUGCCUCCAAAGGUUCGGUCCUAUGGAUUCUUCAACAUGCUUCGGCUCUGGCGUCUCCGAAGAGUUAGUGCGCUUUUUGCUCGGUUGGAAAAAGAUAGGAACUUUAACUACUUUUGGGUUCGAUGCGUAAAGCUUAUUUGUGUGACUCUUUUUGCUGUCCAUUGUGCUGGGUGCUUCUAUUAUCUUCUUGCUGCAAGAUACCACAAUCCCAGCAAGACAUGGAUAGGGGUUUAUAUGCCGGAUUUCCAUGAAAGAAGCUUGUGGGUCCGGUAUGUAACCUCUAUGUACUGGUCAAUCACCACUCUAACAACUGUAGGGUAUGGAGACUUGCAUGCAGAAAAUACGAGGGAGAUGAUCUUUGACAUCUUUUAUAUGCUCUUCAACCUUGGACUAACAGCAUAUUUGAUUGGUAAUAUGACCAAUUUAGUUGUUCAUAGGACAGGCCGAACUAGAAAAUAUAGGGAUACAAUUCAAGCUGCCACAGGUUUUGCGCAAAGAAACCAGCUCCCAGUUCGUCUGCAAGACCAGAUGAUCUCACAUCUGAGUUUGAAGUUCAGGACAGACUCCGAAGGGCUUCAACAGCAGGAGACUCUCGAUGCCCUUCCCAAAGCCAUCCGAUCCAGCAUUUCGCACUAUCUAUUCUACAAUCUUGUUCAGAAGGUUUACUUGUUUCGAGGAGUUUCCAAUGAUCUGCUUUUCCAGCUGGUCUCUGAGAUGAGAGCUGAAUACUUUCCUCCAAGGGAGGAUGUUAUCUUGCAGAAUGAAGCACCCACAGACUUCUACGUACUAGUGACUGGCACUGCUGAACUGAUAGAUCACAAGAAUGGAAUUGAACAGCAGAUUUUGCGGGUGGCCAGGGCAGGCGAUCUUGUUGGAGAGAUCGGAGUUCUUUGUUACAGGCCCCAACUAUUCACAGUUCGAACUAAAUCACUGUGCCAGCUAUUACGUUUGAACCGUACCACAUUUCUUAGUACCGUUCAGUCAAAUGUUGGAGAUGGCACAACAAUUAUGAACAAUCUACUUCAGUAUCUGAAAGAGCAGGAGGAGGACCCUGUGAUGGAAGGAGUCUUGAGAGAGAUAGAGAACAUGCUGACUUGGGGUCGACUGGACUUGCCUCUUACUCUAUGUUUUGCAGUAAUUAGAGGAGAUGAUUUACUUUUGCAUCAGCUUCUGAGACGUGGUCUGGAUCCAAAUGAAUCGGACAACAAUGGGCACACGGCACUGCAUAUAGCAGCAUCACAAGGAAGUGAGCAUUGUAUUCGUCUGCUGCUAGAUUAUGGGGCAAAUCCCAACUGCAGAGAUUCUGAAGGAAGUGUUCCCCUAUGGGAGGCUAUACUUGGGAAGCAUGAUGCUGCGGCCAAACUGUUAAGAGAUAAUGGUGCAAAUCUCUCAGCCGGUGACAUGGGCCUGUUUGCUUGCAUAGCCGCUGAGCAGAACAGCCUAGAGCUGCUUAAGGACGUCAUUCGUUAUGGGGGAGAUGCAACAUUGCCCAAGAAAGAUGGGAAUACUGCACUGCACCUUGCAGUUUGUGAAGGGAAUCACCGAAUAGUGGAGUUCUUACUUAAACAAGGAGCUAACAUUGAUAAGCCUAACUGUCAUGGUUGGACUCCCAGGAAUCUAGCGGAACAGCAGGGGCAUGAAGAGAUUCAGGCUCUCUUUGAAGCCAAGAAGGCAUGCGAAAACACUUCUCCUAUAAACAACUCCACACCAGUCUCUCGUCCCAUUGGAAGAAGAUUUAGGAGCGAGCCUGUAAUUCCACAUGUAUCCCAUGAAGGCGCACCUCUGUCUGGAGAUGGGUCUUUGGAGGAAGGCCGCCACCCCAGGCGGAAGAGCAGCGACUUCCACAACUCGUUAUUUGGGAUCAUGUCGGCUGCUAACCUCGAGAGAAAAACUGGACUUUUCUCAUCUAUUGGCCCUCCAAGGACCAUGAUGUCGUCGGGUGCUGCCCUGCAUUACCCCCACACCUCGCAACUUCGGGUGACCAUUAGCUGCCCAGAGAAAGGUGACAUUACUGGCAAGCUUGUGCUUCUGCCAUUAUCACUAAAGGAACUCCUUGAUAUUGGUGCUAAGAAAUUUGAUUUCUUGCCCGCUAAAGUCCUUACAAAAGAUGGUGCGGAGGUUGAUGAUGUAAAGGUUAUAAGAGAUGGUGAUCAUCUUGUUCUGGUCAGUGAUGAUUGGAUGAGACAAAGGAAUCCCCAAGAGGCGAGAUAUUCAUGAGUUGAUUUUUUUUUUUUUUCCACCUUCAUUGCCAGGCUUUGUUGUGGACCACCACCAUGUGGUGCUGAUGGUCAGGGGUAUGGAGAACGUCCUUGUGGCUGGUCAUCUCAUCAUUGGAUCUUAGUUUUUUUUUUUUUGGUAUGAAGAUGCAAUUCAAGCAUCAGGAUUGGUAACGUUUUGAAAGGCGAAGCCACAAGCGCAGAGUGCGUUAGGUCCGGUCCGGUCCUCUUCUGGAGAUAAUAUGUACGACUUGAGUGGAAAAGAGCAGACAAAGUUUUAUGAGAGGGAGCAGAUUGAUGUAGCAGAUAACAAGAGGAUAAGCAAACUUGUUACAAAUUACGAAGGCAUCUUCUUCUUUCUCCUCCUCUUUUAUGAUUGCCGCUAGUUGGCAGUCAUGUUAUGACAUCUUCCAAGGCGCAUCUAUGGACAUGAUGAGGGUACGAAAAGCGAAUGAAAUGUGGUAUAAGCACUGUAAAAGCACAGGUUGCUUCAUUUUUUUUCUUGAGGAACCAUGAACUUUGUUAUAAAAAGGAAAAAUGCUGGGUAAAUGGUCCAAAUAAUUGGAAACAAAAUUGAUAAGCAAAUUUUUUUUAUA